GAAGCCCAACGACUCAACGAGACAGAUCACACGAGCUCAGAUCACCAGCCAUCCAGCCAUUAUUGCUGUUGAUCAGCAAGGCAAGCUUAGGCCAGGAGCAAUGGAGUUCUCGUUCGGCGGCUUCGGCGACCCGGUGCUGUCGGUGGCGCUGCAGCAGCUGAUGGACCUCCCCGACGAGCUGGAGCGGCAGCUGAACGCGCCGACGCGCGCCUACGUGCGCGACCGCCGCGCCAUGGCCAACACGCCCAUGGACGUCAAGGAGCUCCCCUCCGGCGCGCUCGUGCUCGCCGUCGACAUGCCCGGGGUCAGCCUCGCCGACGUCAGGGUCCAGGUCGAGGACGGCAACGUGCUCACCAUCAGCGGCGAGCGCAAGCGCCCGCCCGAGGACGCCGUCGGCGCCGAGGCCGACAAGCAGCAGCAGCAGCAGCAGGGCGCCGACGGAGGCGCCGGCGAGAAGCAGGGGGUGAGGUACCUGCGGAUGGAGCGGCGGAUGGGCAAGUUCAUGCGGCGGUUCCCGCUGCCAGAGAGCGCCGACCUGGACAGCAUCAGGGCCGAGUACAAGGACGGCGUGCUCACCGUCACCGUCGACAAGAAGCCCCCGCCGGAGCCCAAGAAGCCACGCGUCGUCCAGAUCACCGACGGCGGCGACCACCAGGGUAAGUGAAGGAGACGACGUACGCGUCAGCAGAUCAGCGGGAUGCUGAGAGAAUAAUGCGAGGGUGUGAUGCCGUGGAGCCUGUGCUCCGCUUGGUGUAUUAGUGUGCCAUCGAAUAAAAGUAAGUCCUAGUACAUGCAUGUAGCCAUGUACUCGACUACUUCAGUGUUUCUUCUUGUAUCUCUGUUCUCUGGGACUGAAUGGGAUGGAUGCUUUGCUU